CUUCCUUAUUCUUUGCUGCAUUUUCAUCUCCGCCUAGUGAGCCCUCAAUCUAGAGACAGAGAGAUAGAGAGACAGAACACCAAGCCAUCGUCUUCACUGCUUUGGCUUGGUCUUCUUCUUCUUACUUCUUCUACUUCUUCGUCUUCUGCUUCUUCGCUGUUUUUCGAUCUUUUUUUAAAGUAAACAAUGGCCGAUGCAGAGGAUAUUCAGCCCCUCGUCUGUGACAAUGGGACUGGAAUGGUGAAGGCUGGGUUUGCCGGUGAUGAUGCACCAAGGGCAGUUUUCCCAAGUAUUGUAGGUCGUCCCCGACACACUGGUGUUAUGGUUGGGAUGGGACAAAAGGAUGCAUAUGUAGGUGAUGAAGCUCAAUCCAAAAGAGGUAUCCUCACCUUGAAGUAUCCCAUUGAGCACGGUAUUGUAAGCAAUUGGGAUGACAUGGAGAAGAUCUGGCAUCACACUUUUUACAAUGAGCUUCGAGUAGCUCCUGAAGAGCACCCAGUUCUUCUGACUGAGGCACCUCUCAACCCUAAAGCUAACAGGGAAAAGAUGACUCAAAUCAUGUUUGAGACGUUCAAUGUACCUGCUAUGUAUGUUGCCAUCCAGGCAGUUCUCUCCCUCUAUGCCAGUGGUCGUACAACUGGUAUUGUGCUGGAUUCUGGUGAUGGUGUUAGUCACACUGUGCCAAUCUACGAAGGUUAUGCUCUUCCCCAUGCCAUCCUUCGUUUGGACCUUGCUGGUCGUGAUCUUACCGAUGCUUUGAUGAAGAUUCUGACUGAAAGAGGUUACAUGUUCACCACCACUGCCGAACGGGAAAUUGUCCGUGACAUGAAAGAGAAGCUUGCAUAUGUUGCGCUGGACUAUGAGCAGGAGCUUGAGACUGCCAAGAGCAGCUCUUCGGUAGAGAAGAACUAUGAGCUGCCUGAUGGCCAAGUUAUCACAAUUGGAGCAGAGAGAUUCCGUUGCCCAGAAGUCCUUUUCCAACCAUCUCUCAUUGGAAUGGAAGCUGCAGGAAUUCACGAGACUACCUACAACUCUAUAAUGAAGUGUGAUGUGGAUAUCAGAAAGGAUCUCUAUGGUAACAUUGUUCUUAGUGGUGGGUCAACCAUGUUCCCUGGUAUUGCAGACAGGAUGAGCAAGGAGAUAACGGCCCUUGCUCCAAGUAGCAUGAAGAUUAAAGUUGUGGCUCCACCAGAGAGAAAAUACAGUGUCUGGAUUGGAGGGUCCAUUCUUGCAUCCCUCAGCACCUUCCAGCAGAUGUGGAUUUCCAAGGGUGAGUAUGAUGAGUCGGGUCCUUCCAUUGUCCACAGGAAGUGCUUCUAAGUUCUACAAGUGCUUUCAUGGUGAGUUAUUUUUGCGUUUAGUUGGCUUUUUGUGUCGUGUCAUUUGAACUCAGUUUGGUUGAAGUGGAGAAGCAUUGAGGUGGGGUCGUUGAAGGAGGGUAUGUUGUGACUUGAUGGAUUAUAGCUCCUCAAUUGGUGUGAGUAAGCAUUUAUAUUACUACGUCUGAGAGGCUAACAUGCGAAGGCCCUCUAUAUGUGAUGGGUGGGCAAUUUGUCCCAAUUCCUUGCCUCGUAUAAACUAUCAACCGUAUCUUUCUGUAGGAUGUUUGUAGCAGGAGAGUGAUUGUGAUGCCUUUUCCUUUUAUUUUCUUCUCUCAUAUUUGAAGGUUUUUCCCUGCGAACAUUAAUGUCAAUAGUUAUUGUAUCUGAACUUUAUCUUAGUGUCAGUUUGCGGUCAUAAACUUGCUAUGGAAAUUAUAUUAAAAUACUGGCUUGAAAGCUUGA